AUGCAAAAUAUUGCUGAUAGUUUUACCAACACCUAUUCUUCUCGGUGUUAUAAAGAUGUAAAAGGUUUAGAUAGGUUAGAUACCUUUAUUGUGUAUAAUAAAAGAAGAAAGGUUACUUCUUCUGCUAAGAAGAGAAGGAAGCAGUCUGAUAAGUCUCUGCAACAGACUCCAGAUGGAUCUCUGCUGGACAUAAUGCGUAAUGCUUACGAUUUACUUUCUCCAUGUGGGAUGGUUCUUCCCGAGGUUGAGGGUAAUGAAGAAUAUACUAAUUCUGGGCCUCCCUAUAUCAUACUCCUCCAUCCUGCUCUUGGUCCACUUUGGGAGGUCACCAGACAAAAGUUUUUGGGUGGUUCCAUUGCAAAGGGCUCAGAACUGCAAAUAGAGGUUGCUGAGUUUCUGUGGAGGAAUGUUCAGCUUGAUGGCAGCUUGAUCAUUUUGGGUGACAAUGUCAUGGGGUCAGAUAAAACCAACGGAACUGGUGAACCGAUACUACAUUAUGGAAGGAGGUGUGCGAGGUGCAAACUAGAAAAUGUCAAGGUGUUGAAUGAUGGAAUAAAUUGGGAUUCGGAAGAGAACUUGUUUUGGAAGCACGACGUGCAGCGGUUUGAGGCCUUAAGAGUGAUUCUGCAUGGAAAUGCUGAAUUUGAAGCUCGGGAUGUUGUUAUACAGGGCAAUUAUGUCUUUGAUGUCCCAGAUGGCCAUAAAAUGCAUGUCACAUCAAGAAAUUCAGGUUUAGAUGUCCAGUUGAAGCCGAUUGAGGAGGGUUUGAUGGACUCCGGAACCUGGUUUUGGAACUACAAAUUAAGAGGCACACAUAUUGAGUUGGAAUUGGUAGGGUGUGAAGACCAAUAG